GACUGUAGACUAAGGUGGUAAGCGUAUUUUACGGUGCAAAUUCUCGUGAAUGAGCUGACAGCUUUGUUUUUUUCACAAAAUCUAGAUUUGGUUUUACAAUGUUGAAAUAUUGAUAUUAAUUGGGGCUGAGGAAUUUGUGAAACAGAAACAAUACAAAAAUAAUGUCAUUGUAAAUUAAUAAUGCUAACAAUGCAAACGACGCUACCUUGAUUACAUUACGAUAGCACGUACUAAUAUGUCGGUCACAACCCAAUGUUCGUGGCCUUAUGUGAGAUUUUCACGCAAAUAAUUUUGUGUGGUUCACCGCGAUUAAUCAAAAUACAAAAGUGUAACUAAUCUGAAUAUGGACCAGUAGAGUGAGCCAAUAGUCCAACAACUGAUUGAUGAAUCAUAAAGGUGUGCUCUGGUAUAUUUACGUUUGCCAGGAAGUUAUGUAAUCGUUGCUGUUGGCUUGACAAUUUAAUUAGCUCAUAGAAAUUUCUGUCUGGACUGAGAUAAGGAACAACUACUUGGAUUUUGGGGCGGAUCCAGAUCAUUUCUACUAGGUUACUUUAUGUUUAGACCUCUGUGUGAGUGUGUAUGCUAGCAGCCCUGGAGAGACAAAGAUAGCAGAGACAGACAACAGUUGUUCUUCAAUACGCUACUACCAGCCUAAAAUGUUACGGCCGGUUUAACUUUUAGGAUUUACUUUUUGGGGCCGAUCCAUGUUCUGUAGUUUUUUUUUACUAAUAGGAGAUAGGGAUUGUUGGAGUUCAAUGCUCUCUGAGUGCUUAUCUCGUCGUACAAGUUAUCAAACCAGUUUCUAGCCAGACCAACCAUAAACACAAAAUAAGCAAUUAUUCGUACCCUCAUCUUCUCCCUGAACCAACCAAAGCCUCCAAAGCUACUUUCCCACAACAAACCUUGCUGUACCGUCCACAAACGCAUCAGUUGAGCCUGCCGCACGUUGCUGAAAGAUCUUCUUCCUCCAAGAUGGCCGCAAGAAACGGGAAUUAGUUGACUUGCGUCCUGCAUUUUAGAUCAGAACACCUGGAUUAUAAUCUUCUGAACGAUGGUUGAAGGAAUUCCCGAGAUAGCCGCCAUGUGCAUCGGCCUGGUAGGGCUUAUCGGCGCAGCCGCCACCACCGGCAUGCCCAUGUGGAAGGUAACGGCGUUCAUAGGGGAGAACAUCAUCGUCAUGGAGACCCGCUGGGAAGGCCUGUGGAUGAACUGCUACCGCCAGGCGAACAUAAGGAUGCAGUGUAAGGUGUACGACUCGCUCCUGUUCCUGCCUGCCGAGCUCCAGGCCGCCAGGGGUCUCAUGUGCUGCUCGGUGGCCUUGUCCGGACUAGGGCUCAUGAUAGCCAUUUUGGGGCUACGUUGCACUUCCUGUCUCCAGGGUAACAAAAGGGCAAAGAAUGUGAUCCUGUCGGUGGCAGGCGGAAUGCAGCUCCUGGCUUGUGUCUGUGUCUUCAUCCCAGUGUCGUGGACUGGUCAUGUGAUCAUCCGGGACUUCUACAACCCGUUGUUAAUCGAUGCACAGAGAAGAGAACUAGGGGAUGCCCUUUACAUCGGCUGGGUGACGGGAGCCGUUCUUUUCUGCUCCGCCUUGUUGUUCAUCUGCAGUCGUCAGACCUCGGACAAAAGGUCAAAUGCUCUUUACCACCCGCCACACUUGCUCAGAUACAACACGCCGCCGAGGAACCUCAAUCCGAUGAUAUAUCAGCCCAUUUCAAGUGUUUCCAGCCUUAGAUCCAACAUCUUCCAACCAUCCCUGCAGCACAGCUCUGACGCACAUCAGCUGGUCAAUCCUCAAAUAGUGACAAGCGACGCCGCACGAGCCACACUGCCGGUCCUCCUGAACCCAGGCCGGCCUGAAAGCACAACGCUCUUGUUUCAAGGCAACGAAGUCUAUCAUUCGUCCAUGAGAAGCUCGAACCCGCUCGGAAAGCUGUACACACCAGUCAACUCCUUGUACAUGAGCCAGAACAGCGCGCCGUACACGCUGGCGUACGAUCCCUCUGUGUCCUACAAUCCCUCUGUGUCCUACCAGUCCAGUUUCCAGCCCACGCCUCAAGCUCCUGUGUUCAUUCCAUACAGAGCUUCAAGAAUUGAACCAGGGUCUUACACUGGAAGCGGCGCAGGCAUGUACAUAUAAGGAAAAUUCGCCUUUUUUGUUGUGGCUAGUCUUGACAAUGAAGUCUGGUUACUUUUGAAUACCAAACAUUUAGAAGUGUUUGUGUUUCCAUGAAUGUAUUGAUCGGCAUUGAAACCUAUAUAAGGUGUAGGUCCCACAGCUGUAUAUUUGUCUUUCAUGUGUUACAUCAGGUCUUUAGGUGGCAGUAUUAGGCCUUGUUCACACUGCAGAUCAAUUCUGGUUUGUUGUCCAUAUGUUGUUGUGUUGUGUUCAUGUCGAUAUGAACGGUCAAAUUCGCAACUGGACUGCUUGGUUUGUCUUGGAAGACAUUUCGCCGCUCAUCCGAGUAGGCUUCAUCAGUUCGUGCUCAUAGACUUAGAUUGGUCAGAUCAAGUACGCUGGACUGGUAGUAGUCGAUCCACAACUAUUGUUCUGCCACACAAUACCUCAAGACACUUUACACUCCUGCUCCUAGUGCCACCAACACUGGUUUAAAUGUAACUUAGAUAUUGGGUUUCACAAUUUAAAGUGCUUUGAGUCACUAGAAAAAAGCACUAUAUAAAUAUAAUUCACUUCACUUAUAUGCAUAUAUAUAUAUGCAUAUAUAAUAUAUUUAUGCAUCAUAUAUACACAUAUAUAUAUAUAUAUACACACUAUAUAUACAUAUAUAGACACUAUAUUUAUAUAUAUAUGCAUAUAUAAUAUAGUAAUAUAUUUAUACAUCAUAUAUACAUAUAUAUAUAUAGACACUAUAUAUGCAUAUAUAUAGACACUAUAUAUAUAUAUAUAUAUAUAUAUAAACACACACACACACAUAACAUGUAUUUUUUUCAAUCGAUUCUCUUAAACUAUUAAUCGACUUAAAAUCGCCACUUAAAUGUGAAUGGAUUUCUUUUAAUGCCCCUAACGUAUAGUCCAUAAAAUAAAAAUAAAAUCAAAGACCGCUUCAAUCAAGCGGUAGAUGGCAGCAGCUUGUUUACUUGCUAUUUAGUGCAAACCUGUUUGUGUGGAGCCAGGACAGCAUCAUGUUUCCAAAAGCAUGAAAGAUGAAACCUACAACCGACACGUCCCCUAUGCACCGUGUGGGAAUACGCACAGCAAUGUCCAAACGCCUGCAAAACACAGGAAGGAUCCCCAACCAUAAACCCACAAAUUCUGCAAACAAAUUAAAGUUGCACAUUCAAAAAAACAAUGCCAAAAAUACGCACACAAGCGCAAAAAACAAAUGUUUGAAAAAUUGCAGCAAUUUGGCAGGACAAAACAAAGGUUUGAAAGGCUAAACCUACGCUAUGUCAAUCAGUUGCUUUGUCAAAUACUAUAGUUAAAUUAGGAGUGUGUGACACAACCUACACUCCCUUGCAAAAAGGUUAGAGGUAGACUCAGCUCCUCACUGUUCACAUAACACAGACGUCAUAACGUCAUCAAAGCUCCCAUUUAUGAUUCACACACAGCGCCAACAAGACGGGUACAAAUAUGAUGAAUCUAUUUGUGGCAGCAUCGGACUGAAUCAUCUUGCAGUUUCACUUUUGCAUCUCAUAUCACAUAAUUGUGGUGCGUACAAGGACCCUUGAUUUAAGUUCUUCAUAAGAGGCUUAACCCCCAGUAGAUGCACGAACAAUAAAAUAAAAUGUAUAAAUAUGUAUUCGUUUGAUUAUUAUUAAUAUGCACUGAUGGAAAUCGUACAUGGAUCUAACAUAUGCAUGUAAACAAUUACUGGACAGAUAAAAUGUGUUGAUAGUUUGCACAAUAAACAAUUGUCUAACAAAA